GCGCAGGCGACCGGACGCGUGCAUUCUGGAGAAGGAAGCUUGAAAUGUGGGCAGCAGCUGGCACUGGCAGCAAAAGCAGCAAGCUGGGCAGCCAAGCAAAAGUGCAUGCGCACAUGGUUGCUGAGCAUCCUCCACACUUCAAAAGCUGCAAACGCAAACUCUGCACAGGGCUGGCGCAAGAAGCCACAAUUGGGCUGAUAGCUUCGCUACAAAACAUUCUAGUAGUGGCAUGUCUGUUUCCAGCAGAAGGUCUUAUGCGCAGGGCCCACAGUUUGGUUAGCAUCAUCUCAGUCGUGUCAGGUGUUGUCUGAGCGUCCGUGAGCAGGGGGAUUACUAACAAUUGCUGGCUGUGGCUGUUAUUCUCCGCAAGAAGUGUUGACUUGGUUUACUGUGCCCUAUUUGUAAUCUGUGAAUCAGAGCAGCAGACGGGUCCGUAUUUGACGCAUGCAAGUUUUGGCUUAUACCUCAGAGCAAGGAGCACUGUGGUCAUGAAAGGCGUCCGUGGCCGGCCGUUGCCCCUAUCGUCUCUGAAUCACAUCAGCAGGAAUUGCAGAGACAUCCUUGCAUCCGUGGCCUUCUAUGAGGAUGUGCUAGGAUUCAUUCAGAUUGUGCGUCCAUCCAGAUUCGACUUUGACGGUGCCUGGUUAUUCCAGUAUGGCAUAGGCCUUCACCUUCUGAAAGAAGAGACCGACGAGGGUCUGGCACUACUUGAGCGCACUCGGUGCAAGGCCAUUGAUCCUAGGGCGGAUCAUAUAUCAUUCCAGGCGGACAAUACUGGAGUGGUUGAGCAGCGCUUGCGAGAAUUUGGAGUCGAGUACAAGAAACAGACAGUGAUUGAGGGCAACAUUCGGGUGCAGCAGAUUUUCUUCCACGAUCCAGACGGCCACAUGAUCGAGAUUUGCGACUGUGAGGCCCUGCCAAUCAUCCCGCUGUCAGGAGACUGUUUGACCUGCCCAGCCCGCUUCAAGCAACGGAGGCUUGCGCAUGCGAAGGAGGAAAAGAUGAUCGAGAACGCGCAGAACGAGUCGUUGGCCGCUACAAUCGAGGAAGAUUUGAAAUGGGGAGUUCGAGCAUCACGUCAGGUCGGACUUCCCAAGACGGCAAGUUGUGGGGAUAUUGCUGGCAACGAUAGCAUGUUUCCUGUGUGUGCUUAGGGGACUAGUGCGAAGGGGCUUUGUACAUUACGGGGUUAUAGAGGUGAUAGGUAUGGGCCUCGUCGCAUGGACGAGGUUGCCCACGAGACCAGAAUCGUUCCAGUUUGAAGAGCUCUCUUAUGUUUCACACUCUAGUCAUUGCAAAGUUACUUAGACUUAGAAGCAUAGACCAUAACGUCAAAGCCUGGUCGAGCAUCCCGAGGCUUUUGGUGUAUAUUUUAGGUGUUGAAAACAGUUCGAUGUUUCUGAUGGUACGAAAAAUCCGCAGGAGACCAUUCUAAGUAGGUACUCUACAUCUGUAUAGACCGUGUAACAUACAAGUAGCAAGAGAUUGAUCGAACAGUCCAAGUCAUGGCCAGUAAUCAGGGUGGUGUCCUCCUUAAACUUGAAACACGCAUCCGCCUACGUAAGACAGAUUUUGAGCUUUUGACUCGCUUUGUCCAAAGGAUCAGGAUGACAUUGUCUCGGAAACUUCUAGAAGUGAAACGCAUCAAAUUGCAAAGCAUGAGCGUAC